AUGGCCGCCCUCGCCUCAGUCACCCGGAACAACCGUUACAAUCAACAACCCCUGGACUUGACCUCAGGGAUUCGUCCGAGUAACCAGCAGCAAGAACGUUUCCAGGUUCCCUGCGCUCCGGCUCUCGUGCGGCAACUAACCUCCUCACAAACAUCCCUCCAUCCCACACAUCAGUCGACGAGCUCCCUACAGAAGUACCCAUUCUCACCGGUGGAACGCACGAUCUCGCACGCGAAUUCGUCUUCUUACCUUUCCCAGGCAACGCCAGCGUCUUCGCGCAACAACUUUUACUCUGCGUCUCGGAAUCCUGCACCCAGCUCGUCGCGACUCCUCUACGGCGCUCAAUUGCGAAGCUUCGAUAAAGGGCUCUCCGCUUCGCACUCCGGCCAGCUGACCUCGACCCCAGGCAUCCGCACGAGCAAGACGAUGAUCGACGUGCUAGCGCCUGUACGAGGUCAAGCCGGCGAUUCUCAGUCGCUCUCUUCGGGCGCCUCUACCCUCGGCAGCGGCGCUCUGGUGGGCGGCCAGACAAUACCAGGUUCGGGAGGUCGUGGGGCCUCCCUCGCUGGAUCAGCCUCACUCGCUGCGCUACCGGCGGCUGCACAGUUGCACCGCGACAAGAUGCCAAAAUCGCCCUCCGAAGAGUCGCUGAGAUCACACACCUCAUCAUCGGGCGGCAGCGGAGGAGCAAAUGGAGCGGGUACCGGCGCCAGCAGCACUGGCUCGGCCAACAAAGGCUUCACUGCUGACGAGGCCAUCUCCACCUUCGGCUCGAAGUUGACGCCCUACGAACAGAACGAAAUUUCCCAAUACCAACGUGUCUACUUUGUCGGGUCACAAGCCAAGAAGAAGGGCGGUGUCAUUGGAGGUGCUAACAACUCUGGGUACGAUGAUGAGAAUGGUGCCUAUAUUCUCGUCGCCCAUGACCAUGUCGCCUAUCGCUACGAAGUUCUCAAAGUGAUUGGAAAGGGCUCUUUUGGCCAGGUGAUCAAAGCCUACGAUCACAAAUACCAUCAAUACGUGGCAUUGAAACUGGUGCGAAACGAGAAGCGCUUCCAUCGUCAGGCCGAUGAAGAAAUCCGGAUAUUGGAUCAUCUUCGAAGGCAGGACAAUGAUGGGUCUCACAACAUCAUCCACAUGCUCGAUUUUUUCAACUUCAGGAACCACAAGUGCAUCACCUUUGAAUUGCUCAACAUUAACUUGUACGAACUGAUCAAGAAGAACAAAUUCCAAGGAUUCAGCUUACAUUUGGUGAGAAAAUUCGCCUACAGUAUGCUGCAAUGCCUGGAGCUGUUGAAUCGGAAUCGCUUGAUCCACUGUGAUUUGAAGCCGGAAAAUGUGCUUUUGAAGCAGCAGGGCCGAAGCGGGAUAAAGGUGAUCGACUUUGGUUCUUCGUGCUUCGACGACCAGCGGAUAUACACCUACAUCCAAUCGCGGUUUUACCGGGCACCAGAAGUGAUCCUGGGCGCCAAAUACGGAAUGCCGAUCGACAUGUGGUCGCUGGGUUGCAUUCUAUGCGAGCUGCUGACCGGAUACCCGCUGCUGCCCGGCGAGGAUGAGAACGAUCAAUUGGCUCUCAUCAUCGAACUCCUUGGGAUGCCGCCGCUCAAGGCACUUGAGAACGCGAAGCGGGCACGAACAUUUAUUUCAUCCAAGGGUUAUCCCCGUUACUGCAACGUCACAAUGGCGCCCGAUGGACAAGUCCAGCUGAGCGGUGCUCGGAGUAAACGUGGAAAGCUGAGAGGCCCGCCCGGUACCAGGACUUGGGCUCAAGCCCUCAAGAAUCAGGGCGACGAGUUGUUCAUCGACUUUGUCCGACGCUGCCUCGAGUGGGACCCGGACGUACGAUUGACACCCAGCCAAGCCCUGAAGCAUCAGUGGCUGCGAAGAAGUCGUAUCUAUCUUGUCCGGCUCCUUUGCUUUGCUCACCUUGCUGCCCGCGGAUCCACAUGCCAAUGGAAGAAGGGGAUCCCUCAAUCCCCAGCCAUCGCUGCCCUCAUCACGGCUCAACCUGUUCCCGACCGCAGCAUGAAAACGCUGCGAUCGGCUCACCCUCGCUCGGUGGUAGCGCGAGCUUGUUGUCGGGCUCCACGUCUGCGCUUCGCUCCAAUUCCACCUUCGCAGCCAAGUCGCAGGCCAUGCUUGGCAACUAAGUGUGUACAAGGUCUUCAAGCCAUGAUGUCG